AUGAAGUUCUCUCUCGCCACCAUCGCGGCCUUUGCCAGCGCCGUUGCCGCCGCUACCCUCCCCAAGUCCUUCACCCUCGUCGCUGAUGGCGGCAGCACUGUCGUGACCGACGGCCAAUACCUGUACGUCGGCGGCGACGUCACCAACAAGACCGAGAUCGCCAUCUUCAACGCCACCCCCGACACCGGCGCGGUCUCAUUCACCCGCCAGGACGCUGUCCCCACGGCCUUCCAGAACCUCUACAUCGUCGAGAAGACCGUUCUCCCCGCGGAGUUCACCGUCCCCCACUCCGGAAACACCCCCGAGGGCGCCAGCACCGUCGACUUUGGCCGCAACGACGACGGCUACUUCACCCAUGCGGGCAAGGACUACUUCGCCAUCGAGGGCUAUGGCGAUGCCAAGGUCAAGACCGUCUACUGGUACGGUGCUCACAGCAGCACCUACAAGGCCGUUAACCUCUGGGUUAAGGAGUUUAACUAG